AUGUCGAUGCUCAGUGGCGAGCACUGCGCAUUGGCCUCGUGCAACCGCGUCUCGUUCCUUCCGCUCCGGUGCCCGUCGUGUGCAGUGCUCCACUGCGAGCUGCACGUCCAGCCAGCGGAGCAUGGGUGCACAGCGCUUCGGCACGCGCCGAGCAAGGCCAGCGAAUCCCACACAAAGCGUGUCGUUUGCGCACGCCGCGGCUGCUGCGCAUUCACGCUGCACGUCGCGCCACACACAAGCGCUGUCACACACGAUGCGCCGUCUUGCGAGCGCUGUGGCGCCUUUUUCUGCAUGCAGCACCGAUCUGCACCCGCGCAUGGCUGCACUGCACUGCCGCCUCGCACCGCCGGACAGCAGCGCAUGGACGAAAAAGAGGCGCGCAAAGCGCGCGCCGCGGCCAUCCUUGCAAAAACCUUUCCCAAACACAGUGCCCAUGUUACCUACUAG